AAACACCACUCUGUUAACGCCAUGGCAGAAGUCGCUCCCGCAGCAGCCCCAGCCCCGGCCGCCGAGGCGGCUCCAGCAAAGGCCCCUGCCAAGAAGAAGAAGGCAGCAGCGAGCAAGACUACCAAGAAGUCUGGCCCGUCCGCUAGCGAGCUCAUCGUGAAAGCUGUGAAAGAGUCCAAAGAACGUAAAGGACUCUCUCUGGCCGCCAUUAAGAAGGAUCUCGUCGCUCGCGGUUACGACGUUGAGCACAACUCUGCUCACGUCAGACGCGCUUUAAAAAGCCUGGUGCAGAAAGGCGCUCUGGUCCACACCACCGGAACCGGGGCAUCCGGUUCUUUCAAGGCAGCCAAGCCAGCCGAGAAGCCCAAAAAGGCAGCCAAAAAGCCCGCUGCUAAAGUAAAGAAGCCGGCGGCAAAGAAGGCACCUGCAGCUAAGAAACCAGCCACCGCCAAGAAGCCCAAAGCAGCAAAAGCCACCCCGAAGAAGGCAAAGAAGCCCGCGGCAGCUGCAAAGAAGGCUGUGGCCAAGAAGGCAAAGAGCCCCAAGGCGAAGAAGACAGCAGCGCCCAAGAAAGCAGCGACCCCCAAAAAGCCUGCGAAGAAGGCUGCAAAGCCCAAAGCUGCCAAGGCCAAGAAGGCUACACCAAAGAAGAAGCGCUACAGGCCCGGUACCGUGGCUCUGAGGGAGAUCCGCCGUUACCAAAAAUCUACUGAGUUGCUGAUCCGCAAGCUGCCCUUCCAGCGCCUGGUCCGGGAGAUCGCUCAGGACUUUAAAACCGACCUGCGCUUCCAGAGCUCUGCCGUUAUGGCUUUGCAGGAGGCAAGCGAGGCGUACCUGGUCGGCUUAUUCGAGGACACCAACCUGUGCGCCAUUCACGCCAAGAGGGUCACUAUCAUGCCCAAAGAUAUCCAGUUAGCCCGCCGCAUCCGCGGAGAGAGGGCUUAA